UGAUGCCCCGUCACAGAGCGGUUACACAAUCCGCGCCCCGGCUCGAGUUCGCCUGAACACGGCUUCAAGGAGCGCUUCGCAACCAGCUGGCGGAAUGAUGACAACAGCACUUUCCGGGGGGAAAACAAAGAGCUUCAAUGUAUCGGAAGCCACAGUGACAAAAUGGCCUCUCACAAGUCAAAGACUGGCACCGUGAUGAACGUUACAAAGGCGGCAUCGGCACCGGCGCAUGAAUACGUCACACCUGGAGGAUACGAGCUGGAGAAAAUCCUCCACCGAGGGAGUGUGGCCUACGCUCCCGUCAACGAGGUGUGGCCCAACGUCUACAUAGGAGACGAACAGACUGCGAAGAACAAGCACAGCCUGCAGAGGUUGGGCGUUACUCACGUCCUGAACGCAGCGGAGGGAACGUGGAACAACGUGGACACCGGCGCCGGCUACUACGGCGACAUGGGCAUCGUCUACUACGGGGUGGUGGCGGAGGACGUCGCGACCUUUGACCUCAGCCAGCACUUCUAUGCCGCCGCUCGCUUCAUCGAGGCGACGCUGAGCAACCGGCAGAACAAGCUGCUGGUCCACUGCGUGAUGGGGAGGAGUCGCUCGGCCACGCUCUUCCUCGCCUUCCUCAUGAUCUGCGAGAAGAUGACGCUGGUCGAGGCCAUAGAGAGCGUGAAGAGGCGCAGGCGCAUCAUCCCCAACUGGGGCUUCCUCAAACAGCUGAGGGAGCUGGACAUGCAGCUGCUGGAGGAGAGGGAGGGACUGAGACGAGAGGAAGCAGCCGCCCGCGUUAGCGCCACUCCGUCACUGACCUGUUAGCGCCUCGUUCAAAUCAAAGGAGAACAAUCACGUACAUGGUCAAUCAUAAUUUAUUCUUAUGCUAAAAUGUACAGCAUUUUAAAUGACUGACAAAAGGAGAAAAGUCAUAAAUACAAGAAUGUCAUUCUGUCCGA